AUAUAUACCCUCAGGGGCCCGGGGAUAUAUACAUGAAUUUGUUAUCGUCAGUGUUCAUUGUGUGUUGAACGCUCCACAAAAUAUCGUUCCGUAUAGUUGCGAAUUCAAGCUCAUCAAUAAGUGAUCAUCUGUUUAUCUGUAAACCCCAAAAAACUGGGGUGAAUUUUUGACAAUUGAAUAAUACGGUUAUUACCGAUAUUUCAUGCAGUAAUCAAGGUUCAUAAUGUCGUGCGAUCAAGCAAAGAGACGUGUUAAAAUUACGGUGUAACACGAGAUGUACUCUUCUUAUAACCCAUGGCAAAAAUAAGAGCAACAGAAAGAAUAUCGAUGAGAGUCAAAAGAAUUGAAGAAUUUUUCGUUAUUUAACGAUACUGCAAUAGAUCACCAAUUUGUAGCAUCGUUAUCGUUAUUGUUAUUUUGGCAUUGAACAUCGCUGAAAAAUAAUAGGCAAUAACAGAGGGCAAUAAUAAUGGCGUCGAAUAAUCAACGGACACCCUCGGCUCCACCGCAGCCGAGAUGGUCUAACGAUGGUAAAAAAAUUGCCAAAGAACAGAAGCAGCAGGUACUUGAUCGAGUGAAAGAAAUGUUUGGCAGUACCUUGGAGCAAGAUGUAAUAUUGUCUGUUGUCCUGAAUUGUAAAUGGAAACUACAACCAUCAAUCAACGCGCUGAUCAUGCUGUCAGAAAACGCUGAAGUUCCUUCCAAUCGUGGCAGUCAAAACGUUAGCGAACAAAGCAGUCGCCCAAUGUCAAAUUCAAUGGGAAUGAGUUCCAACAGCGAGAAAAGGAUGAGAAAUGACGAUCCGGAUAAAACGAUGCAUAAAUCAAACAUUCAGAACGAUAUUACUACUGGCUUCCUUAACUUGAAUGAUAAAGAAUUGCUGCGUCAACAGGAAGAAUUUCGGAAGUUCGAACUGCUUAAGAAAGAUUUGGCGAAUAAAGGGUUUGUUUCCAUGGUUAACGAGAACGUGUCUAAUCUCAGCUAUUCUCAGGAGAGUAUGAAAGUACCGCCUCUAAAACUCCAACAGUUUGGCCAAGCCUGGUCAUCUGGAAAUCAGACAACUGGAAAAGCUGAUUUUUCCAAAGUUUACUAUUGCAGCGACAUCGAAAGCGAAUCCCCGUCUGCUCAAAAAAAUUCUACGAUGAAUCAACUCUGGGGUAAUACGAGUAACAUAGGUCAAAAGAAAACCAAAGAAACUAACAAUCAAUUUGAUAAUCUGUUCGGAAGCAAACUUCAAUUCUCACGCGAUUUGCCAGAUAAAAUCGGCAACAAAGGAACCAUACCGAAAAAUAAUAAGACACAAAAUCAACAGUCGUCUGCACCUCAGCAGCACCAGCAACAUCAGAAUUUUAACCCUGAUCAUCCCGGCUCUGCCCAAAGCCCAAAAUCAAAAGAUACAAAGAACUUGAACACUAAGGGGGGUUCAAAAUCGCAAUCUGGAGAGCCAAACGUAAAAGGAUUUCCCUACACAUCGAUGCACUUUACUUCCGCAGAGUAUAAGUCAACGGAUUACCAAGAUGACUUCCAAGAAUCACAAAUGGAUCAGCAUCAGCAGCAAGUUGAGCAAUUCGGCUCAAACUAUGAUGAUGAGAUAAAGAAUAAAACGGGAAGUGGUAAAUCGAACCUGUACAAAGGAGAAACAGAAUCGCUUUGUGGACUGAAAGUUCAAUACCGUCUUCCUGGAUUGGAAAACAGCUCGGACGAUGAUGCAGAUGUUGUCAUAGAGGAAGAAAGAAUGGACUAUCCUAUGCAGAUACCAUCCCUCAUGUCGACCAAUGUGUGUCAAUUUAUAUCUAGCCCUAUUGAAAUACAGCCAAAAAAUACUCGCUCCGACAUAUCUGUAAGCAACACGCCGUCUCCGCCUGACUCUCCGCAACACAAUACCUACGACAAUACAUUGCAAAAUAUAAUAUCUUCAAUCAUUGAAGGCCACAAAGUUUUAAUCAUCACAAGGGGGCUACCUGGAAGUGGUAAAUCACAUCUAGCAACGAACAUUGUGAGGUCCUCCGUAGGUGGGGAUCCGAAUCAAUUCGUGUUCAGCGCUGAUGAUUACUUUGUAAUGUUAGGAAGAGGCACAUAUCAGUUUGUCCGUUCGAAAUUGUCCGAAGCGCACAGCCAUGCGCAAAAAAGAGCUUUCAAGGCAAUGAGAGAUGGCGUCAGUCCAGUUAUUAUCAGCAACACAAAUACUCAGUCGUGGGAAAUGCAACCGUACGUUGUAAUGGGGGUUCAAAAUGGAUACAUUAUCGAAGUUCUCGAGCCAAAUACACCGUGGGCUAAUAACGUGAACGAAUUGGCUAAAAGAAAUACUCAUGGGGUGUUGAAGGACGCUAUAAGACACAUGAUAGAAAAAUAUGAAAGAAACAUCACGGGACCAAAGCUUAUAGAACAAUUUUCCCUUCGUUAUUCGCCAGAUAAUAUUCCCCCGCAAUAUAGAAAGUUUCCACCCUUGAGUUCGAUGAGCAACAGCCAGGAACAGCAGAAAAACGAGAAUCAAAAAUCUACGAAAAGAAAUAGGAGGCGAAAAAGAGCUCAAGCCUACAACAGCGAUGACGUGUUCACCAUGCCAAACACGGAUCAAUUGGAUCACCUACUCAGCGACAAUGAUAAGAACAUGAAACCCUCUGCUAAUUCUCGUGGGCCACAAAACAGCAAGGAUACCUUGGAGAAUAUUGUGUCAAAUGCUCUAAUGUCUGAAAAUGAUACUCUCAAUAAGUCUCUCGUCGAUUAUUGCAUAGAAACGGAUUCUAGUGAUGAAAUGGAUGAAGACAAUGUCCCUGACCAGCGAGAAGAUAGCAAUAGCCCUACCGGUAACAACAAAGUGCUUGACUUACUCAGCGAAAAUGUCAUGAAUGACCGUGAAUGUGAAGUUCCUUUAAGCAAUAAUUCCUCGCCUUCGGUUAGUAAAGACAAGGGUAAUUCUCUGUCAGAAACGAUGCAAAGCGAUGACUCACCUUCAAAGACCGAUGAUUUUAACUUAAGAAAAACUUCGAGUAACCUUCAGCAUCAGAGCCUGGGAGCUAUUGGAUCGGAGAGAAAGGGGAGUGUUACUACGAUAGAAUAUGAAACAGCGAGAAAAAAUGCUGUAGAUGAAUGUAAUCAAGAGAAUACAGAAAAUAUUCUCUCGCAAUGCUGGGAUUUCACUUUACUUGUAAACGGCAAACAGAUACACAGCACUACUAAUUAUGAACAUUGUAAAACACAGAAAAAGAAGCAACCAGAAUUCGAAGAUAUUGAGAAAGAAGUUGGUUCAAACAUUGAAAAGGAAGCCAAGACAGAUAACGAUUACCCGACAGGAGUUAUUAUAACAGAAAUUUAUACUGAGGAGGCCGAGGCUGAGUGGAGAAAAUCUGCAAGCUUAGUUGAAACAUUUGGGGAUGAUACAUCAAUUCCCGAAGAUCCGGAAGUGACAAUCACAAACAUAAUGAAAAAAAUGGACGCCGAGGAGCCAGAAAUAGAUGUUAAACGCCAAGUGAACUCCUUAGAUACUGACUUUAUUGCAGAACUUGUUGACACCGAACCAGAAUCGAGCUCUGAGGGCCAGGGAUUGAUCGGGUCGAUAUUCACUGGGAUAAAAAAUUCCCUGCUGGGUUUCAAUAGUUAUACCAGACGAGUCGAGGACACUGUAAGAAAUGAGGAAAGUAUGAUGAAGUACAAGCAUCAAACUAACGAUAAUUCUCUAUCGGAAACAGAUGCUUUUGAAAACGAAAUGUCUCACAGAGAACCCAGCGUUAUCGCCCCUAAUGAAAACGAUUCCCAAAAAACCGAACAAGAAUUUGUGCUAACUGGAAUAUCUGCCACUAUAGUAGGCGAUGAUUUGAGUUCCAAAUUAUCUGAUUUAAAUCUAAAUAGCACUCUUGUUCCAUCGACUGACUCUGAUAAAGGUUUAUGUCGGUUGUCAACGCCUGUCAUGUUUGAUAACACUGAAAAUGAUGCAAACUCAAAGCUUGUAGUUAAAGAUACAUUAACAAACAAAUUGGCUGUUGAAAAUAAAGAUUCUACUGAAAACCCAGGUUCUGUAAGUGAUUCAAAAUCGCUAAUUCAGAAUCAGACUAAAAAUAGCUGUGCUUAUUCAUCCAUAGAUGCAAACGACGCUUUUGCAAUCAAUGAGGAUGAAACGAGUAAUGCAGAAAUCACGGCUGAAAAGUCUCAAACAAUUGAUGAGUCUGACAUGGAAGAACUUGUGGCAUUAAAGCAAAAGGAUGACGAAGAUCAAAGUAAAGAAGAGAAGAACAAAAGUCUUGCAGAAAGUAUCGAUAAGUUAAUCAUACCAAAUCUGAGUGAUAUUGAUCAGAUUCAGAAAGUUGAAGGGCUUCCGGAAAGUAUUUCCGAUUUAAAGAUGACUGGUUCAGAAUGCGAAACCUCGAACGAGGCAAUUAGUGAAGUGAUCUGUAAGAAAGAAGUCGCAUAUAUCUGUGGAACUGAUUCUCAUGACAACGAAUCUAAGUCUGGUGAAAUUGAACCCUCGAAUUUGAUCAUAAGUGCGGAAAUUUCUACGAAAGAAACUGUAAAAGUCCCCGAAGAUAAUGUCAGCGAAUUUAUAAGUACGGAAAGAGAAUCUCUAAGCAAAAGUCAUGAUUUAAAAUUAACAAGUGACAAUGAAUUUGAAGACCUAUCUCCUGGUACUCCUACAGAAAAUAGUUUGGAAUGUAAAAACGAGAAUUCGGCACUGCUCGAAAGUAAAGAAGAAAGUGAAAAUAAUUUUGAAUCCUCGAUCCAUCCUUACAAUAAUUUGGAUGAUUCCUCAACAGAAGAAUGCUGUGAAUGUUACGAAGAAUGCUGCGAAUUGCUGAUGGCAUCGGACCCAGAGGAUUUAAUCGAUGUGAAACAAGCUGAAAAUCUUGAUGAAGUAAAAGCUAGUACCAAACAAAACCUGGGUGGAGAUGGAGAUAAGACUGAGAGUGAGAAUAAAACCGUCGAAAUUGUUGAUAAUCUGAACCAAGUAACAUGGAAAGAGUCCCCAUUUCCCGUAGAACACAUUAGUCCAGUAAGAGAAACAGUGAAAAAAUCUGACAAUGUGAUGAAGUCGGAUUCUUCUACAAACACGAGUAGUUAUGACUUCAAUGUUUUAUAUGUCGGGGGUACAUCGGAAUACAGAAUUAUGAGCGCGACAAGCAGAUCAAUAAAUAAUGGCACGUCUAUAGUUGUUGAGGAGAAACCCCCGUUGAAACUAAUGUUGGAUAAAAGUUCAAUGACUUCUGUGGUCGACGUUCUGAGUGGCGAGGAAAGCCUAGAAUUCAAAACAGAGGUUGAAACAAUAAUGAACGUGGAGAAGCUUUUAGAUAUGUUUCCAAACGUGCCUCAUGAGGAUAUCACGGAGAUUUACAAGAACCUUUGCAAUUGUGAUUUCGAUUGGGCGGUGGAUGUUCUUCUGGACGGAGUGCCUGAAGACGUUACCAAGUACACUAAAAUUGAAUCCCCCAAAAUCGUGCUGGAUAGGCAGGCGACACCUUCUGCAGGUAGUUCUGAAGCUGGGGAUUCGGAGAGCCAAAAUUCUACGCCACACAAGGAAAGACUGGACAAAAUAAAACAGCAGUCAAGUAGCUCAGAGUCUAAUGAAGGCAAUGCUAAAGUUCAGCACCCAAAUUUUAGCCCCAGGAAGAAAAAGGACAAACAUACAGUGUCGAAAGAACAAUUGGAACUAAAGAGACAGAUUGAAGAAAAGAUGGUAAUCAACGAAGCCUGCUAUAAUCCUCAUAUAUUACGAGUCAAAAGAUGGAAAAAUGGUGAGCCUGACAUCACAAUUGAGGAGAAUAAAGACGCCCACCCACAGAUUAAGGACGUGCCAGGUACUUUACCAUUGUUGAUAUCAGAGACUGAUGAUUGCGUUGAGGAAACCCUAUCGCUAGAGACAUCUGAGAGCACUGACGACUUCACCGAAGACGAUAUAGAGCCGGAAGAAAUGAUGGAGUUGAAUUUAGGUCACGAUUUCAUCAAAACGUUAGAAAAUGAGUUUGGAAACCCUGAAUUCCAAUUCGCUGAUGGUCUUUUCCCUGUUAUUCAAAUUAAAAAAUCCAUGGCACAGCAGUUACACGCGCUUUGGAUCGAAAGUAUGGAACGACAGCUCAAUGCUCAACAAGAACAUCUCGACAGAAUGAUUGAAAAAGAUGCUGAAUACGCGAGAUCGUUGGAGCAAGAGGAAGCCCGUCUUUUGACGGAGCCUAUAGUUCCGAAUUUGUCACAAAUAAUGGACAUGGAAAUGGCUCUGGCCAUAUACAAUAACGAUUUGAAAAAGCAAGUCAAACUCGAAACACCUAACGACAUGGCGUCACGAUUGACUAGACAAAUGCUCCACGAAAUGUUCACUGACCAUGAUCCCGAAACCCUUGACGAAAUCUUAAACGCUCAUAAUGGCGAUUACAAAGAAACUGUCGAGGUCCUGGAAGCAAGUACAGGGCUACUUUCGAACCGCAAUCAUACGCUUAAAAAGCAAAGAAGCCUCAUAGACAGAGUGAGAAAAGAAUCCAUCGAGACAAACGAAGUAGAGAAAAAUUCACAAGCAUCCGCUACUGGCACUAUCAAUUCGCAUUCAAGCAAACCGGAUAAUUCAAACUCUGCAACGCUCACAUAUGAGGCUGCGAUGGAAGAAGCUCAAGAAUCGCGUAAGGAGGCUCAGCGACAACUUUCCCUCCGCAACGAGAAUUUCAACAAAGCUACGGAAGCGUUCAGAAAAGGCAAUCGAGAAGUUGCCGGGUAUUAUUCUCAAAUGGCAAAAUUGCACUCGAAAAAAAUGGAAUAUGCCAAUUGGACGGCGGCAAGUGCUUUUGUAACAGCUCAGGACUACAUGAUGAAUACUGAAAACACAUUAGAUUUGCAUUACCUGUACGUGGCUGAGGCUUUGCACGCACUGGAUGUAUUUUUAGAACAUCAAUUAUCAAAGCUCAGUGAGGGUAAUAAAAAAUCGAUGAAUUUGUAUAUAAUUACUGGACGAGGGAUUCGCAGUACUAAAGGAUUAAGCAGGAUUAAACCCGCAGUUUCUAAAAAGCUCGCAUCUAAAAAUAUUAGGUUUAUGGAGGAGAAUCCCGGAUGUCUGAAGGUAGUCAUUCACAGACGGAAUAUCACGAUGGGCUGAGUACUUACGCACACAUCUCAAUCAGAGAAAUAUACGUAAAUAAAUUGUGUUAUUGCACUAUACAACAAUUGACGCGUUGACAAAUCGACCAAACAAGAAUGAUGCAGAAUUUGAAGAAAAACGACACUGAAUGAUCUUGAAUAUCCAAUGGAAGAAUUUCUAGGUAAUUCAAUACAUUUUUCGAAAGGUAUGCAAGAAUGUACAAAUCGCCAAAAAAAAUUUUAAUUUUUUUUUUUUUUUUUCUUGAAGACUAAUUGAUUAGCAAUAAAUGGAUACAAUAGUAAUGAUGUUAAGAAUCGAAAAUUGCCUCGCAAAAUAAUGUCUGAAAUGGAAACACUUUUAUAUAUAUAUAUAUAUAUAUAUAUAUAUAUAUAUAUAUAUAUAUAUAUAUAUAUAUAUAUAUAUAUAUAUAUAUGUGUAUUUUGAUAUAUGUAUAUUUAAUAUGGAUUAUAUAUAUAUACAUAUAUCAAAUUGUUGGAGAAAAAACCACUAAAAAGAAGAAAGUGAAUGUGACAAAAUAACUGGUGUGUAAAAGCUGAUGAUACUUUUAUACUGUAUAUUUUAAAUCAGUUUAUAGUAUAACUAUUACGUAUAGUUGAAGCUGAAGUUAUGUGCUAACCGUGUUGAAAUUCUUUUAAAAGAUUGCCGUGAGAUCAGAGAAAAUCUUCAUUGUUGGCCUACACUGCCUUAUUUUACUAAAUGUUAACACUACUAACUAUAGCGUCUAGCUUCAGCUUCAAUGGUAAUAAACAUACAAACAAAUAUGCGACACUGUAAAUGUAUUGAAUUGGCAAAUAUAAUUAUUGUUUUUUAGCGUCAAUAAUAUUACAAUCAUUAUUGUUGUUGUGUUGUUAUUACCAUUAUCAUUAUUAUUAUCAUUGUUAGUAUUAUUUCCGUGGUAUACUUUUUUAAUAAGUUCGACAUUAUAACUAGUUAUGCAUUAAUGAUAUAUUAUAUUUUUGGUUUUUACUUCGUACACAAUAAUUGUGUGUAAUUAUUCUUUUAAAUUCUUAUAUUUAAAUUUCCACAAAUGUAUACCUUGGUUUGUAUCGACUUGACGAAAAGAAGAGAAAAAAUAAACAAAAAACCGUA